GUUUUAUUCUAUUUUAUUUUAUUUUAUUUUUUGGUUAUUUUUAAGAAAAAUGGCGACUUUGAAACCUUCCGUUGAUAUCACUCCGAAAAUACCAAAGAACAUUGAGCAAUCACGUAUCAAUAACUUCCUGGCUCCUAAUGGACAAUUCUAUAGUAUGGGUAUUCGUCAAGGUUUAUGGACUGAACGACACUCUGGAGAUCCAUAUGUAAAAUUAAGUGUAUAUGAUGUACCUGACUUGAAGCGAAUCACCUUCAAGGAAGCUAUUGGGCAAAAAUUUGAACCUAUUCAACAACAUCAACGCUCUUUUGGUCCUAGUUGGUCUACUCAUUGGUUUAAAGUGGAUAUUAUUAUUCCAGAAGUAAUGGUGGAUCAUCCUGUUGUAUUUCAAUGGGAUAUGGAUUCUGAAGGUCUUGUGUGGUCUACUGAUGGUAUUCCUUUGCAAGGCUUAACUGGAGGUGAUGACCAAGCUCGACAAGAAUAUAUUUUAACUCAAAAUGCAACAAAAGAUCAAGAAUUCUCCUUUUACAUUGAAGCUGCUUGCAAUGGUAUGUUUGGUGUUGGAGACAAUGAUGCUAUGGUACCUGAUCCAAAUCGAUAUUUCAACAUCAAGAAAGCUGAUCUGGUUAUACCUGCUUAUUCUAUCCAAAAAUUAUAUUAUGAUCUAGUAAUUAUUCAAGGGAUCGCAUAUGAUACAAAUCAAGAUUCAUCGCGCGCUCGACAAGCUGUAUGGGUAUUGAAUGAAAUCAUCAACCAAUUUAUCAUUAAUGAUCCAACUUCUAUUGAUAAAUGUCUAAAUUUGAGUUCGGAAUUCCUUGCAGCAUCCAAUGGAGAAGGUGAACAUCAAAUUACAGCUAUUGGACAUUGUCAUAUUGAUACUGCUUGGUUAUGGCCUUUUGAUGAAACAAAACGAAAAGUGGCUCGCUCUUGGUCAAGUCAAUUAGAUUUAAUUAAUCGUUACCCUGAUUACGUCUUUACUGCAUCUCAGGUUCAACAAUACGAAUGGUUGGAAGAACUUUAUCCUGAUCUCUUUCGUGCAAUCCAAGAACAAGAAAAACUUGGUAGAUGGGAAAUCAUUGGUGGUAGCUGGGUGGAACAUGAUACAAAUAUGCCUUCUGGAGAAUCAUUAUGUCGACAAAUGUUACUGGGACAGACAUACUUUGAAAAGAAAUUUGGUAAAAGAACAAAUGUUUUCUGGCUUCCUGAUUCUUUUGGAUACUCUGGCCAGUUGCCUCAAGUACUCAAACAAUCCGGUUGUGAUUAUUUCUUUACCCAAAAAUUAUCAUGGAACAAUAUCAACAAAUUCCCAUUGACAACGUUUUGGUGGACUGGUAUUGAUAACUCUCGUGUAUUGGCACAUCUCACUCCUGCAGAUACAUACAAUGCAAUGGUGACUCCCAGCGAACUAUAUAAAUGUACUACCAACCAUCAUGAUAUCGAAUAUUCCAAUCGUAGUCUGCUUGUUUAUGGGAAUGGUGAUGGUGGAGGUGGUCCAGCUCCUGAACAUUUAGAACGAUUGAAAAGAAUGAAAAAUGUGGAUGGUUUACCUUCGUGCAAACCUGGACAAGUGAUUGACUUUUUUAAAAAUGUAGAAGACAAUAGCCAAAAACUGCAAGCUUACAAAGGUGAACUAUAUCUGGAAUUCCAUCGUGGUACUUAUACAACACAGGCUUUGGUGAAGCGAGGGAAUCGACAAUGUGAAGUACUGAUUAGAGAUGUAGAAUUCUUAUCAACUGCAGCUCGACUAUUUCAUUCCAAUAACAUCAGCAAACAGUCAUCUUAUAGCUAUCCUACAAAAGAUAUCAAUAGGCUAUGGAAACUCAUUUGUUUGAAUCAAUUUCAUGAUUGUUUACCUGGGUCUGGUAUUGGCCUUGCCUACGUGGAUGUACACAAGUAUCAUCGUGAAGUUAUUUAUGAAUCUCUGACACUCCGCAGAAAGGCUCAAGAUUAUAUUCUCUUUGGGGAAGAAGGUCAUGAAAAAAAACAGUCUGGCAAUUGUAUUGCUAUAUUCAAUACUCUCCCUUGGACGCGUUCUGAUAUUGUAUCUAUGCCAGAAAAGAAUACUCAUUGGUCUGAUCAACAAUGGAAAGAUGAACAUGAAUAUAUUAUUGUGGAAAGUGUGCCAGGAUUCUCUGUUGCUGUUUUUCCUUCUCAAAGUAUUCCACGUGUGGAACCAAAUGAAGGAGUACGAGCAUAUCAGCAAGAUUCAGGUGAAUUUGUUUUGGAAAAUAGCCACAUCAAGGGUAUUUUCAACUCUCGUGGUCAAUUAUUGGAAUUGUAUGACAAACAUUCAAACAGAGGAAAUUUGGUUCCAAGCGGUAGUAAAGGAAAUAUAUUACAACUUUAUGAAGAUGUGCCUACUUAUUGGGAUGCCUGGGACGUUGAAAUAUAUCACUUGCAAAAAUACAAGAUAUUGGAAAACAAUGAAUCUUUGAAGAUUUCUGCUAAUGGUCCACUCCGUGCUGAACUGACGUUUAGACAAGAUAUUUCCAAGGACAGCUGGAUUGAACAAAAUAUUAGUUUGACAUGCCUUGGUACAUUUAUCGAAUUUGACAGCGCUGUGGAAUGGCAUGAGAAACAUCAGUUUUUGAAAACUGAAUUCAAUUGGGAUAUUAUCACUGAUUUUGCAACUUAUGAUAUCCAAUACGGUGUUCUCCGAAGACCUAACCAUUACAACUCGACGCUUGACUCUGCUAGAUUUGAAGUUUGUGGGCAUAAAUUUGCUGAUCUCUCUGACGCUAACUACGGUGUCGCUUUGCUCAACAAUUGCAAAUAUGGAUACGCUACUCAUGAAAAAUCACAACGUCUCUCGUUAUUACGAUCUCCCAAAGGACCUGAUGAAAAUGCUGAUAUGGGACGGCAUAAGUUCAAAUAUGCCAUCUUCCCUCACAAUGGAAACUUUGAAUCAUCUGAUGUUGUUCGCAAAGCCUUAGAAUUCAAUGUACCUUUGUCUUAUCGUCAAACAAAUUACUACGCUGGACCCAAGACUUUUUCACCUUCUUUGUUUUCUAUUGAUCCACCAGGAAGAAUUAUUAUCGAUACCGUCAAAUUGGCGGAAAACGAUCAAGAUCAAGGAAAGACUGUGAUUCUUCGAAUUUAUGAAGCGUAUGGUGGUCAAUCUCGUGGUACUCUUACAAGUUCUCUGAAUAUCAACACAAUUCAAAUAUCAAAUAUUUUGGAAGAUGAUACUAACAAUUUGUUGACUGCGGACAAAGAUGGUGGUUUUACUCUGAACUUGACACCGUUCCAAAUAUUGACAUUGAAAAUUCAAUUGAAUUAGUAUGGAUAAUAAUUUAGCUAUUCGAAUAUUCAAUAAAUUCAAUAAAAUGAUCUUUUUUUUUUU